ACUAACGGCUUUUAUACAUCAAAGCUAACUUAAUGUUUGGUUGAAUUAAUUUAAGAGCUACAGAUAAAUUCAAGUCGAAUUAAAAAUAUAUUUUAAGUUAACAUAAACUGCGAACAAUGUCAGAAGUAGCUAUAAAAGUCGUGGUUCGGGUACGCCCAUUUAAUAGACGAGAAAUGGAACAAAAUCAGAAAAAUAUUAUACGUGUUCUAGAUGAAUCAACUCUUGUUUUUGAUCCCGAUGAAGACGAAGAUGAGUUUUUCUUUCAUGGAGCUAAACAAACCCAUAGAGACAUCACAAAACGAAUUAAGAAAAAACUGAAUAUGGAGUUUGAUUCUGUAUUUGACGAUAAAAAAUGCAACGAAGAAGUCUUUGAAAUUUGCACGAAGCCAAUUGUAACAUCAGUUAUGAAUGGUUUUAAUUGUUCUGUCUUUGUUUAUGGUGCAACUGGAGCUGGUAAAACAUACACAAUGCUCGGUAGUGAGAAUAACCCGGGAAUAACAUUUCUCACAAUGCGCGAGCUAUUUUCUCAAAUUCAAAAAUUAGAAUGCGAACGACGUUUCGAAAUUGGAAUUUCAUACUUGGAAGUUUACAACGAGCAAGUUAUGAAUUUAUUGACAAAAUCUGGACCUUUGAAAUUACGUGAAGAUAGCAAUGGAGUUGUUGUUGGGGGUCUUGUCUUAAAGCAAAUCCGCAACGCAGAAGAACUUUUUGAAUUACUGAUUAUCGGAAACAAGAAUCGUACACAACAUCCAACUGAUGCAAAUGAAGAAAGUUCAAGAUCCCAUGCAAUUUUUCAAGUUCAUAUUCGUAUGACAGACAAUAAAACAAGUGUUCGAAGAACUGUUAAACUAUCAAUGAUAGAUUUGGCUGGUUCAGAAAGAGCUCAAAGCACUAAAUGCAAAGGAUUGAGAUUCAAAGAAGGUGCCAAUAUCAACAAAUCAUUACUAGCUCUUGGUAAUUGCAUAAAUAAACUUGCUGAUGGUUGUAAACACAUUCCAUACCGAGAUUCAAAUUUGACAAGAAUAUUGAAAGAUAGUUUGGGUGGAAAUUGUCAGACUUUAAUGAUUGCAAACAUCUCACCAUCAUCAUUAACAUAUGAAGACACUUAUAACACUCUUAAAUACGCAAGUCGAGCUAAGAAAAUUCGUACAAAUAUACGACAAAAUACAAUCACAACAAAUAUACCAAAAGAGUUCCUUUUGAAACGUUGCGAUGCUCAAGUCACAGAAAUUGAAAAGCUUAAAUCUGAAAUAGAAGAAAUUAAAGCAGAAAAUGAGAAAAUGAAACGAAAUAUGCUGGAGGCAAAUGGCAAUGAGAAGCAAGCAACAAAUAAUAAAAUGAAUGGUUCUGGAGAUGCGUUAUUGCAAGAAGAAAUUGAUUUAACUGCUUGGAUGAAAAAGAUUGAUGAAAUUUACAAUCAUUUUAAGAAAACGCGAGAAAGAUGUUUAUCAUUACAAAGUGUUGAAAAAGUCCUCAAUUUCCGAAUCAAGUUUGCUGAACGCUAUGAGGAAGUAAAAAAAAUUCUCACGUUGGAUGGCUCAAAAUUGGAAAAUGAUUUGUCUAGAUUGGGAGCAUCUAUAGACAAAUAUAAUAAAGAAGUUUCACGAAUUCGUCAUGAAGACAGUUCAAUUUGGAGUUUACGUUUUAAGGAAGCAAAUCGCUCAUUGGAAAACCUCAAAUUGGAAGUGAAUAAUCUUAUAAGCAACCAAUCGUUGGGUUUUUAUUUGAAAGCAAAAGAAACUGAACUUGAAAAUUCUAAACUUCAAUUAAAAGUAUCACAUGUCAAUAAAAUGAACAGCAUUUAUCAAUUAGAAAUGGAAAAUUGGAACAAAGUCGUUUUUCAAGCUGCUGAGAUUAUUCAAGAAAACUUCUUACUUCUCCGUUCAAUGGGCGAACUUGACAAUGCAAUGCUUGAAAGACUUCAAGCUGUUGGAAAAUUGCUGCAAGGUCAGCGUAGUGUGAAGUUUAGCGACGAUGAAGCAAUGAACUCAACUAACCAAGAAUCAACUGAGACAAAUUUAUUACUACUAAACAGCCAUAUUACGUAUCUUGCUGAUCUUGACUAUGUUGCAAAUAGUCCAAUGUCUGGAAAGAAACGUGGACAUGAAGAUUUUGAAAAGGAAUGUGCUACAAAAAAGGUCAAAAGUUCAGAAGAUUUUGUGUUUAUAAAGCCAAAGGCCUUAAAAUCCAUAAAUUUUGACUCGACUUCAUUGUUAAAGGCUGAGGUUGCAGAUAAGCGUGAUUUGAAUACAACUUUUGACUUAGAAACUCCUAAAACUGGAACUAUAGUACUUACAGAUAAAUCUAAUAAACCGAUUUCAUCAUCGUCAUCAUUUGCCGCAAGUGCUAUGUCGAAAGUGAAAUCCAAAUACGCAUUAAAUAUUCAUAAAGAGAACAAGAAAUUCAGUCCUGGCAGCAGUCGUGUAAAAAAAUUAGCUCGCACACCAAUUCGCAGUGUUUCUGGAACCAAAGAACAUCGUCCGAAAUUAGUUAAAUCAGCGGUUGCUUCAUCUCUCGUCGUCCCAGGAAAAGAUAAAUUCAAGUCGCUUAAGAAGAAGUUGUAGAUUAGAAGUUACACAAUUAUCUCCGAAUAGUUCAUCUGUGUUUAUUCUUCAUUUUUUUCUGUUUUCCUCUCUCAUAAAAAAUUAUUAUAAAAAAGAUAUUAACACGACAAUUUUUUUUACAAACAAAUAUUUCUAUUUUAUGAGUAACAUAAGAGAUUUUCUAUGUAAAUUCCUAAGAAAAUAUAAGAAAUUAUAAAUGGUAUUUUUUAAUCAGAUUGCAAAUCUAUUAAGUCAACAAAUAAAAAAAAACUUUUUGCAACUAA